UGCGAACGAAUUACGACAAAAAAACAAAAAAAAAAUUGACAGGCACGCAGAAAACUAAUCCGCUUUAGCAGCUACUGGGCUAGCCAGCUCAGCGCCAGUGGGUCGCUGGCGUCCGAUUUUGAUUUAAUCGACGUCGGCGUCAAUAAAAUGAAAUCAGUAAUCGGUGCGACGCACAGCUAGCCGGGCCAGAGAGACCCUCGAUUCCCUGGGCAACAGAGAGCAGAGCGGAGAUAUCGAAAAUUACAGCAUGCCAGCCGAGAUCCCAGCCAGCGCCAACUUGGCCAAGAUUGUCAAUAUCAUUGGCUCGAAUGUGCGCGAAGUGCCAUCGGAGCCGGCGAGCGAGACACCACCAGCACCAGCACGACGUGAGCCAAUCUCCGUCAUCGGCAGCUCACGGAGCGUGCGUUUGGCCAGCAGCGGAACCCCUCGCAGGGCCGCCUACUGCUACGUGCCCAAGUCGCCGCAGCUGGAGGAGAUUGUGUUUGCCGAGCCGACAUGCUCGGAGCGAUUCGCCCGCUACUUUGUGCUGGUCAUCUAUCUGUGCGGUCUCUGCAGUCUCGGCUUCUUUCUCUCCAUCUAUCACCUCUUCUUCUGGGACUCGCGCAUGCCGCCCGUCUUCAAGGGCCAAAAGAAGCCGCCGGCCUUUGGCUAAUUGCUAGCCAGCUGACCAUAUUGACAAAAUUGUGAUACCCGAAAAGAUUGCCAUACGCCUAUUAAACUCAUCGGAAGUCACCGCAGAGCAGUUCUACAAGCACAUCCUCGA